CGCGCCCGCCCCGUCUCCUCCGCCUCCUCCGCGUCCGCUCGGCGCGGGCCCGGGCGAGAUGGGCUGGCCCGGGGGCUCCCCCUGCUGCUGCCCCGCCCCGCCGCGCCCCCGCCCCGCCGGGCGCCCCCCGCAGGGGAAGUGGCUGCCUCCGCCAGGCCGCUUCCAGGAAGCCCCGGGCCAGGCCCCAGCAUUGUUCGGGCCCCACGGCCGGCACCCCAGGCAGCCGGACACCAUGAAGUCCAGCGGCCCAGUGGAGAGGCUGCUCAGAGCCCUGGGGAGGAGGGACAGCAGCCGGGCCACCAACAGGCCUAGGAAAGCUGAGCCACAUAGCUUCCGGGAGAAGGUUUUCCGGAAGAAACCACCAGUCUGUGCAGUGUGUAAGGUGACCAUCGAUGGGACAGGCGUCUCGUGCCGAGUGUGCAAGGUGGCGACACACAGAAAAUGUGAAGCAAAGGUGACUUCGUCCUGUCAGGCCGUGCCUCCCACGGAGCUGCGGAGAAACACGGCCCCUGUGAGGCGCAUAGAGCACCUGGGAUCCACCAAGUCUCUGAACUACUCAAAGCAACGCAGCACUCUGCCCAGGCUUCGCCUCCUCCCCAGGAGCUUCAGCCUGGAUCCUCUCAUGGAGCGCCGCUGGGACUUGGACCUCACCUACGUGACGGAGCGGAUCCUGGCCGCCGCCUUCCCCGCGCGGCCCGACGAGCAGCGACACCGGGGCCACCUGCGCGAGCUGGCUCACGUGCUGCAAUCCAAGCACCGCGACAAGUACCUGCUCUUCAACCUUUCAGAGAAAAGACAUGACCUGACCCGCCUAAACCCCAAGCUCCAGUCCCACUCCUGCACCCCUCAGGUCCAGGACUUUGGCUGGCCUGAGCUGCACGCGCCCCCGCUGGACAAGCUGUGCUCCAUCUGCAAAGCCAUGGAGACGUGGCUCAGUGCCGACCCGCAGCACGUGGUCGUACUGUACUGCAAGGGGAGCAAGGGCAAGCUCGGGGUCAUCGUCUCUGCCUACAUGCACUACAGCAAAAUCUCUGCAGGAGCGGACCAGGCGCUGGCUACCCUUACCAUGCGGAAGUUCUGUGAGGACAAGGUGGCCUCAGAGCUGCAGCCGUCCCAGCGCCGGUAUAUCAGCUACUUCAGUGGUCUGCUGUCCGGCUCCAUCAGAAUGAACAGCAGCCCUCUCUUCCUGCACUACGUGCUCGUGCCCAUGCUGCCAGCCUUUGAACCUGGCACGGGUUUCCAGCCCUUCCUCAAGAUCUACCAGUCCAUGCAGCUUGUCUACACAUCUGGAAUCUAUCAUGUUGCAGGCCCUGGUCCCCAGCAGCUUUGCAUCAGCCUGGAGCCAGCUCUCCUCCUGAAAGGCGAUGUCAUGGUGACGUGCUAUCACAGGGGGAGCCGGGGGACUGACCGGACCCUCGUGUUCCGAGUCCAGUUCCACACGUGUACCAUCCAUGGACCACGGCUCACCUUCCCCAAGGACCAGCUGGACGAGGCCUGGACCGACGAGAGGUUCCCCUUCCAAGCCUCGGUGGAGUUCGUCUUCUCCUCCAGCCCAGAGAAGAUCAAAGGCAGCACCCCACGGAACGAGCCCUCGGUGUCUGUUGACUACAACACGGCAGAGCCUGCUGUGCGCUGGGACUCCUACGAGAACUUCAACCUGCACCACGAGGACAGUGUGGACGACUCCGUCACCCAUACCCGGGGACCCCUGGAUGGCAGUCCUUACGCCCAGGUGCAGCGGGCCCCCCGCCAGACCCCGCCGGCGCCCUCUCCGGAGCCGCCCCCGCCCCCGCUGCUCUCUGUCAGCAGCGAUUCUGGCCAUUCAUCCACGCUGACCACCGAGCCAGCCGCUGAGUCCCCUGGCCGGCCACCCCCGACAGCUGCUGAGCGACAGGAGCUGGAGCGCCUCCUGGGGGGCUGUGGAGUGGCCACUGGGGGCCGGGGAGCUGGGCGUGAGACGGCCAUCCUCGAUGAUGAAGAGCAGCCCCCGGCGGGUGGAGGCCCCCGCCUUGGAAUGUAUUCGGGACACAGGCCUGGCCUCAGCCGCCACUGCUCCUGCCGCCAGGGCUACCGGGAGCCCUGUGGGGUCCCCAAUGGGGGCUACUACCGGCCAGAGGGGACCCUGGAGAGGAGGCGGCUGGCCUACGGGGCCUACGAGGGGCCCCCACAGGGCUAUGCUGAGGCCUCCGUGGAGAAGAGGCGCCUCUGCCGAUCGCUGUCCGAGGGGCCGUACCCCUACCCGCCUGAGCUGGGGAAACCGGCCAACGGGGACUUUGGCUACCGCGCCCCAGGCUACCGGGAGGUGGUGAUCCUAGAGGACCCUGGGCUGCCUGCCCUGUGCUCAUGCCCCGCCUGUGAGGAGAAGCUAGCACUGCCCACGGCAGCCCUCUAUGGGCUGCGCCUGGAGAGGGAGGCUGGAGAGGGGUGGGCGAAUGAGGCUGGCAAGCCCCUCCUGCACCCGGUGCGACCUGGGCACCCGCUGCCCCUGCUGGUGCCUGCCUGCGGGCACCACCAUGCCCCAGUGCCUGACUACAGCUGCCUGAAGCCACCCAAGGCAGGCGAGGAAGGGCAUGAGGGCUGCUCCUACGCCAUGUGCCCCGAAGGCAGGUAUGGGCAUCCAGGGUACCCUGCCCUGGUGACAUACGGCUAUGGAGGAGCGGUUCCCAGUUACUGCCCAGCAUAUGGCCGGGCGCCUCACAGCUGCGGGUCUCCAGGCGAGGGCAGAAGGUAUCCCAGCUCUGGUGCCCACUCCCCCCGGGCUGGCUCCAUUUCCCCCGGCAGCCCGCCCUACCCCCAAUCCAGGAACCUCAGCUACGAGAUCCCUGCAGAGGAGGGAGGGGACAGGUAUCCGCUGCCCGGGCACCUGGCCCCAGCAGGACCCUUGGCAUCUGCAGAGUCGCCGGAGCCGGUGUCCUGGAGGGAGGGCCCCAGCGGGCACAGCACCCUGCCUCGGUCUCCCCGAGAUGCCCAGUGCAGUGCCUCUUCUGAGCUGUCCGGUCCCUCCACGCCCCUGCACACCAGCAGCCCAGUCCAGGGCAAGGAGAGCGCCCGACGGCAGGACACUAGGUCCCCCACCUUGGCGCCCACUCAGAGACUGAGUCCCGGAGAGGCCUUGCCACCUGCUUCCCAGGGAGGGGCUGAAAAAUCUCCAGAGCUGCCAGCAAGAAGUGGGCCUGAGCCUGCGGCCCCUGGUCCCUUCUCCCCAGCCUCCCCGCCCAGCUCACCCAACGACUGGCCUCAGGAGAGGAGCCCAGGGGGCCGCUCGGACAGCGCCAGUCCGAGGGGCCCUGUACCCACCACCCUGCCCGGCCUCCGCCACGCCCCCUGGCAGGGCCUUCAAGACUCCCCGGACAGCCCAGAUGGGUCCCCCCUCACCCCUGUGCCUACUCAGAUGCCCUGGCUUGUGGCCAGCCCAGAGCCACCUCAGAGCUCACCCGUACCUGCCUUCCCUCUGGCUGCAUCUUAUGACAUCAAUGGCCCCACCCAGCCCCCACUUCCCGAGAAGCGCCACCUGCUGGGGCCUGGGCAACAGCCAGGACCCUGGGGCCCAGAGCAGGCAUCACCACCAGCCAGAGGCAUGAGUCACCAUGUCACCUUUGCACCUCUGCUCCCGGAUAAUGCCCCCCAACCUCCAGAGCCCCCUAUGCAAGAGAGCCAGAGCAACGUCAAGUUUGUCCAGGAUACGUCCAAGUUCUGGUAUAAGCCACACCUGUCCCGUGACCAAGCCAUUGCCCUGCUGAAGGACAAGGACCCUGGGACCUUCUUGAUCAGGGACAGUCAUUCAUUCCAAGGAGCCUAUGGGCUGGCUCUCAAGGUGGCUACGCCCCCACCCAGCGCCCAGCCCUGGAAAGGGGACCCCUUGGAACAGCUGGUCCGCCACUUUCUCAUUGAGACUGGGCCCAAAGGGGUGAAGAUCAAGGGCUGCCCCAGCGAGCCCUACUUUGGCAGCCUGUCGGCCCUGGUCUCCCAGCACUCCAUCUCCCCGCUGUCCCUGCCCUGCUGCCUGCGCAUUCCCAGCAAAGAUCCUCUGGAGGAGGCCCCAGAGGCCCCAGUGCCCACCAACAUGAGCACAGCGGCAGACCUCCUGCGUCAGGGCGCCGCCUGCAGUGUGCUCUACCUGACCUCAGUGGAGACGGAGUCGCUGACAGGCCCCCAGGCGGUGGCGCGGGCCAGCUCCGCAGCUCUGAGCUGCAGCCCCCGCGCCACGCCAGCCAUUGUCCACUUCAAGGUCUCAGCCCAGGGCAUCACGCUGACAGACAACCAGAGGAAGCUCUUCUUUCGCCGCCAUUAUCCAGUGAACAGCAUCACCUUCGCCAGCACUGACCCUCAGGACCGGAGAUGGACCAACCCGGACGGGACCACCUCCAAGAUCUUUGGUUUCGUGGCCAAGAAGCCGGGAAGCCCCUGGGAGAACGUGUGUCACCUCUUUGCAGAGCUUGACCCAGAUCAGCCUGCAGGCGCCAUUGUCACCUUCAUCACCAAAGUUCUGCUGGGCCAGAGAAAAUGAAGGAAGGCCACAAGCUCCGAGCCCACGUCAACACUGCGCCCCUCUCAGCACCCCACAGCCCUCACUUCCCCUGGCCUGGACCCAGGAGACCCGGGAUCCAGCCCCUCCCCUAGGAACGGGGAGCGGACACCGGCCUGGGACACUGCUCUCCUUCCCCGCCCCCAGCCUGCUAAGCAAAGUGGACGGGCCCAUGAGAUGACCUUGCAUGUGAGCAGAUGGCAGAGAUGGGUGUGUGAAGGGUGAGGAGGCAUCAGCAGUGGAGCCUGGAGGAGAUGGGGAUGGCCCUACCUGCGCGAGAACAUCAGCGCUGGCGGAGACAGGCCCUGCUAGCUCCACCCAGCUGCAGGUCCCAGCAUGGCAGGGAGAGGGGAGAGUGUGGGGAGCAAGGCACUCCCUCCUCUGCCUCCCCUCUGAGCAGAGAGAUCAGAGUGGGAUCACAUGAAAAGGGGGCUAAAAAAGAGUCUAUUUUUGUCUAAUGAUAAAGAGUUUCUAUAACGUUUA